GCAUGUAAAAAAACACGGAGGCUUUCAGAGAGAGGGAGAGAGAGUACGAGUGUGAGUGUGAGGGAGCGAAGAUGGAGAAGAUGAUCGCAGUGGGUAUGGUGUGGGGCGCCACCAACGCUAUCAUGCGCCACGGUGCGCUUCUCUGGGACGAGGCUCUGAAAUCCUCUGCAAAGCCACAUCCGCAGUCAUCCAUGGGCCAGAAAAUGCGCAUCUCCCUCGGGAACUGGUUCAAGCUUCUCUCCAUCUGGCAAUACUCAAUUCCCUUCCUCGUCAACCUCUCAGCCUCCGCCACUUUCUUCGCCAUCCUCUCCGACGCCCCGCUCUCCCUCGCCGUCCCUGUCACCAACGCCACCACCUUCGCCGCCACCGCCAUCUUCGGCAUAUUUCUCGGGGAACGCACGCACCUCCUCCGCGCUUUCUUCGGUACCGCUCUUAUUGUCCUCGGUCUCUGCUUCUGCAUCAACUCUUAGUAGUGGCUUUUCCACCAUCUUUGUAAAAUCAUUUUUUAAACUUUUUAAUCUGUUAUGUUUUUUGUUACGACUUAAGAGCCUCCAAUUUCAUUACAUCGCCUAGGGUUCACUUUGCAAAUUCCCAUAUCACAUAAUUUGUUUAUUCAUGGAUAAAAGAUUAUUUAGUACAUGGUGAACAAGAAUGGUAUCACCAAGAUCGGGACAAAUAAGAAACAAAUGUUACACGAAAGAAGAAAGGAGAUGAAAACAAUUCAGCUGCCGAGAUGCGUGACUUUUGUUGCAGCUACAUUUCCACACCUUCACACUGUCAACUUUUUUUGUGACUAUUCGAUGAAGAUGGGACGAUCAGCUUCAAGUACAUGUUUUAAGUUUGAUUUUCAAAGAAAAAAAAAUGUUCCGAUCUUUGUGUAAUAGUUUUGAAUCGCUGACUGUGUGAAUGGUGGAAAGUGACUGCAGGGAAUACGAAUCAGAUGUUUAGAAUUGUGGUUUAAAGCAUUCUGGAGGCAUCUGUCCGUUGAAUCUUUUGGUGUCUGUGCAGUAGUCAUAGAUCAUGUAAUUGUUUCUGAUCCAAUUCAGCUGUUCCAACUGGGUGUGGGUCAGCUUCUUGUAUCUAGCGGAAGUCCACCAAUUUGCAGGGGUAUUAUAGGCACAUUGAUGGAUGCUCUUUGCUCCACCCCACUUGCAAGCCCUUGCUCUGAAAUGGUGGAAUCUGGCUGUGAAUGGUGCGUGAUUCCAGUCCGUCUUUACUAGGCCGCCUCUGGUUGCCCAGUUGUCUGCAUUCCAUAGGCUGGUGUAAACCCUCAUUCCUUGUUUGUUUGGGUAAGUGAUACCCUCUUGUUCAUGGUUGCGGAAAACACGAAUUGGCACAUCAUCAACAUACCAGCUGAGUGAAUGGUGUAAUUGUGAAAAUUAGCAGUUGGGUCAAACCAGAGGUAAAACUGUUGCUCUCUGCUUCCUUUUCCUUGUGUGUACAAGUUAGUAUGGACAGUGUAUGGUUGUCCUGUACUGUUGCCCAAGAACUCAAAGUCGAUCUCAUCAUGCUGGCUUCCUGCAGAAGAUAACUGUUUGGGCAAGAGACAUUAAUUAGCAUUUCUUUUAGUAAUGGAAGCUUGAUGGAUUUGUUUUUUCAAAAGUGCAUAUUUUGGUGUUAUCGAGAUCUCUUGGAUCCAGUGAACUUACAUAGUAUGCUGUGACUGUUCCGGCAGAAUUACCAGGUACAAGCUUGAUUUGCAUUUCAAUGCUUCCAAAUAAGAAUGAUCUCUUCGAUUGAGCAGCUGACCCUGAAAUCCGAAGGCAACAACAAUAACACAUUGUACCAUUCAGCUAGAAGUAAGUAGAUAGUGCAUUUUUAUUAUUUAUUUUACUUUAGUUUGCAUAGUAUUCGGCAAUGUUUAGUUUGAUCAGAAGUCUUGGGUAAAGUUCUAUACGAACAUAUCUUUGUUAUGCUCUUAUCUUCAGACUUAAAUGUUAUCGGAUUCAUCUUAUCAUU